AUGAUCUAAUUUAAUUCAAGCACUCUCAUAGGACCAGGACCUAAAUCUAUCUUUAUGUAACCUUUAGAAUCUUACUAAAAUCAUGAUAUUGAUGAUACUUAAUGUGCAGAUGACUUUACAAAUUAAUACUUAUCAUAAACCAAUAAUUCUCUAUAAGAAACCCCUUAAAAUAAGAUUGAAGGAGGGAAGAAAAAAAUAGAAGGCAAGAAAAAGGUUAAGUUUAAUCUAAAUAUCGUCCAUUGUUAAUUUAAUCAAAAAGAACCUGCAAUAGCUAUUGGAAAACUAGUUUAAAAGUUGAUAAAUUAGAAACCUUAUCUUGAUUGGGUAAAUCCAUAGAUGUAGAAAAUCUAAUGA